AUGGCUGCACAAUUGGUGCGAGCUCGCGGUACAGGACGCCCGCGUAGCCUCCUUCAAGCUCUUCAACUCGUACCAUUUCCUGCUAUUCGACCAACCUUCGCACAUGUGACUACCCGCCGACAACCGUCCACUCAUUGUCUUGCGUUUGUGUUCAGUACAUCUUCAUUACCCCAAAGCAAUAAUAAGUCCAGUGACGAGUUGAUUGUAAAAUCGUUAAAAGAUUCAUAUAGGAUCGAAAAAGAUACAUGGGCCGAACGUCAUGCUCCCGAGUGGAUGCUACCUUACAUUCAGGUCGCACGAAUUAACCGUCCAGCACCAAUUUUUAUGUUACUAUGGCCAUGCUUCUGGAGUAUCUCCAUGGCCGCCCCUCAUGGUCAAUUCCCGGACUUCAAACUUCUAGCACUUUUUGGUGUUGGCUCUUUCAUCAUGCGAGGUGCUGGUUGCACCAUCAACGACAUGUGGGACCGAGACUUUGACAAACAGGUCGAACGCACCAAUCAGCGACCUUUAGCUGCGGGGAGACUCACGUAUCCGCAAGCGUGGACUUUCCUAGCGAUUCAAUUGUCAGCUGGCUUGGCAGUAUUAUUGCAGCUUAAUUGGUACAGCGUAGCCUUAGGUGCGUCUUCACUCGCAUUGGUUGCUACGUAUCCACUGAUGAAGAGGGUGACAUACUGGCCACAAGCAAUCUUAGGCUUAACGUUUAACUAUGGAGCAGUUUUAGGAUGGGCUGCUGUCCAUGGAUCAUGCGACUGGGCAGUAAUUCUUCCAUUGUACGCAGGUGGUGUGACUUGGACGUUGGUGUACGAUACUCUGUACGCUUAUCAGGACAAGAACGACGAUGUCAAAAUUGGUGUACGAUCAACUGCACUACUGUUUGGAGAUAAAACGAAGCCAGUACUUAAUUUCUUCUCGGCUGUCGCAAUUGCGGGAUUUGGCACUGCAGGAUACGUAAGUGGCUUAGAGUGGCCAUUUUUUGUGGGCCUUACGGGAGGAGCUGCACAUUUAGCGUGGCAGGUAAAUACUGCCAAGCUUGAUGAUCCAAUCAACCUUCAAGAACGGUUUGCUUCCAACAAGUGGUUCGGAGCGCUUAUGUUUGCAUCUGUUGUACUGGGUAAUGUCGCGUGA